AUUGGCUGCACCUUGGGUGAAAUCACCCAACAAGGAUCUACUCCACGGUCAUGCUCAAGAUCACUUGUGUUCAGUAAAUUGUGAAGUGUUGAAAACCAGUUGACCUCACUUUUAUGGUUUGAAAAGGGCAUAAAGCGUCGAAUUAUUAUAAGGUCAAGUUUGAGAGCUAGGCCUUCCAACAGCCUCGCCAGCGAUUUGAGACAAAGGAAGGUUAGUCCAGCCAUUGCAGCGACCUGUGACAGGGCAGUGAGUAAGCGGCUACAGUCGACAACGUUUGCAGCAACAGACCAUCACUCCACGUGUCUCCUAACAACGACGACAGUUAACGACGACGAUGAGUAGUAACGCCGUCUCUAAGACGAUCACCUUGCCGCGGACCGGCGACAGGAUGCCGGCCAUUGCAUACGGCACGUGGACAGUGUGGUUGUCCAAACCCGGGGAGAUCUACAGCGGGGUGAAGGCGGCACUGGAUGCCGGGUACAGGCAUAUUGAUACAGCCUGGGUGUAUGACACGGAGGACGAAAUCGGCCAGGCCAUCGCCGAUAAGAUCGAGGAAGGCGCGAUCAAGCGAGAGGACCUCUUCAUCACAACCAAGAUUUGGGACAACUACCACUCGCGCGAGCGGGUCAAACUGAAUGUGGAGAGGUCGCUGGCUCGCCUGCAGACUACUUACGUGGACAUGGUGCUCGUGCACUGGCCUACGUCCUUUAAGGAUGGCGAUGACAAUUUUCCUAAAGACGAGAAUGGGAAAAUCAUUUACUCGACUCAUGACAUCGUCGAAGACAUAUGGAGGGGCAUGGAGGACUGUGUGGAUGCUGGAUUAACACGCAACAUCGGUCUGUCCAACUUCAACAGCCAACAGAUACAGCGCAUUGUGGAUGCUGCCAGGAUACCACCCACCAACCUGCAGAUUGAGAUCAACCCUAAUUUUACCAACGACAAGCUGGUGGAGUUUGCACAAAGCAAGAACAUUGUUGUGUCAAGCUAUGCCCCGCUGGGAGCCCCUGGCCGACCUUGGAGAGACAGCACAGACCCUUGUGCUAUCGAAGAUCCUGUGAUUAUAAACAUCGCCAAGAGUAAAGGGAAGUCACCUGCACAGGUGAUCAUACGUUGGCACCUUCAGCGCGGUCUGGCUGUUUGUGUCAAGAGCGUCAAUCCAGAACGCAUCCGCAGCAACAUCGAUGUAUUUGACUUUGAACUGUCGGAAGAAGAAAUGGCAAGUAUCAAAGGCCUUAACCGCAACUUUCGCCUGUAUCUGCAAGACAUAUGCAUUGAGCACCCGGAGUAUCCCUUUAACGCACCAUUUUAACUGCACAUCGACCAUUGCGAGCACAUCAAAAAGGAAGAAAAGAAGAACAGCAAACGGUUCACUGAGACAGUUUUCCUCCUCGCCGCAGCAAUGAAGCAUUCUCGGUGUGGACUCUUCCGUUUAUCUGUUCUUGCAUUUUUUUUCUUUUUCUUAUCACUCGACGUGACAUAAAAUUUCGCGAGAUUUCUGGAUAUCUCGAUUAUGCUGUGUUUUCAAGGCUGCGCCAGGCUCAAAAGUCUGAAGACUGUGCUGGAUGGGUUUUCUUGAUAAGUGAAGCAUCAAAUUAAAAAAAAAAUUCCAAGGGCUAUCUCCCCCACCCAUAGGUCACAAAAAUGACAAUGUGGUAUUUUAGUGAUAUUCCUUGGCUGUCUCUUCCUUUACUUUACUUUUUAAUUUUAGUACUAACUCAAAGAUCACAAUAAAUUGAGUUUGCGGUGUUUUA